GGAGGAAAUGGCGGAUCUAGUUUAUGGACAUUGUACAGACUUUAUUCAAGUUGUUUAUGAUAAACAUGGUGAACCUUUCAAAGCUGACAAACAUGGAGGAAUUGGAGGAGACAAAACUCAUGAGAUAAAGCUUCAGCUGCCAGAUGAGUUCCUGAUUGGUGUCAGCGGUCAUUAUUUUCCAUUUGGCGGCGCCCUGGUUAUUCGAUCACUGAUAUUUAAGAGCAACGAAAGGACAUCUGGCCUAUAUGGUUAUGAAGAAGACACAUUAUUUACCUUUUCAAAGGAAGGAGGCAAAGUUGUUGUAGGGUUUAAGGGACGAGGUGGAAGAUAUUUGGAUUCAGUUGCCUUCGCUGUCUCCUGAACUAUCAAAAUCUGCUUCAGAAGUCAAAGUGCUUGGAUAGGUUAGAGAAACAUGAAAUUCAACUUAUGUUUCAGCUCAGUAAGAAUGAACUAGGAAAUCUUAUGUUGUUGGUGUCAUAGCUUUAGGAGUGUUACUAUACUGAAAUUGAGUGGGUGCAUCAAUGUCCUCCAGUUAUACGGUAAAUAAAGAGUAAG